CCCUGCAUUCACUAUAUCCGGUCUCCCCGGACCCUGCAUUCACUAUAUCCGGUCUCCCCGGACCCUGCAUUCACUAUAUCCGGUCUCCCCGGUCCCUGCAUUCACAAUAUCCGGUCUCCCCGGACCCUGCAUUCACUAUAUCUGGUCUCCCCGGACCCUGCAUUCACUAUAUCCUCUCUCCCAGGACCCUGCAUUCACUAUAUCUGGUCUCCCAGGACCCUGCAUUUACUAUAUCUGAUCUCCCAGGACCCUGCAUUCACUAUAUCUGGUCUCCCCGGACCCUGCAUUCACUAUAUCUGGUCUCCCCGGACCCUGCAUUCACUAUAUCUGGUCUCCCAGGACCCUGCAUUUACUAUAUCUGAUCUCCCAGGACCCUGCAUUCACUAUAUCUGGUCUCCCCGGACCCUGCUUUCACUAUAUCUGGUCUCUCCAGACCCUGCAUUCACUAUAUCUGGUCUCCACGGACCCUGCAUUCACUAUAUCUGGUCUCCCAGGACCCUGCAUUUACUAUAUCUGAUCUCCCAGGACCCUGCAUUCACUAUAUCUGGUCUCCCCGGACCCUGCAUUCACUAUAUCUGGUCUCUCCAGACCCUGCAUUCACUAUAUCUGGUCUCCACGGACCCUGCAUUCACUAUAUCUGGUCUCCCAGGACCCUGCAUUUACUAUAUCUGAUCUCCCAGGACCCUGCAUUCACUAUAUCUGGUCUCCCCGGACCCCGCAUUCACUAUAUCUGGUGUCCCCAGACCCUGCAUUCACUAUAUCUGGUCUCCCCGGACCCUGCAUUCACUAUAUCCGGACUCCCAGGACCCUGCAUUCACUAUAUCCGAUCUCCCACAGUACACAGAACAUGGAAAUGCAAUUAUUUUAGUAAACAUAAACUGCUAAAUACCUUUUCUCACCAGCAGUACAUAGAAGUCUUGUGGCUUUUAUCAGUGUCCAGCAGAGCACUGGUCAAAGCUUGUAGGAGGAGUUUUUAUUCUCCUCUGAUUGUCCUAUGAGGCUGCAUAACCCUUGACCCUCUGUCUGGACAGUGUUGAUUAGGGCUGUUCACAUGCACCCUCUGAAGAAAAGAAAACUCUCUAGCAAUACACACUAACCUGAGCAUGUGCAGAGUGCCUCCUAGAGCACUGUACUAUCAGCAGAUGGAUUGGGGACAGUAGAAGAACGGGAGGAUCAGAGAUGACAGGCUCAAACAGCCUUUUAUACAGUGCAGAGGAUUAA